UUGUAAUCUUUCAAGAAUAGUAUAGAAAUCCCCUAGUUUUUUCUGCUGUAUCUCUGACGUUUGAUCAAAAGUAUUUCUUUGUGCACCCACUAAGAUUACAUAGCGAAACCAUGUCGAGAGAGGCAACUGCCGUGAUGAACAACUCCGCCGAUUCUGAGAGCACCUGUGUGGUGUGCUUCAAGAGUGUUGAGAUCUACUCCAUUGGACAAUGUGAGCAUCCUGUCUGCUACGAGUGCUCUACUCGCAUGAGGGUGCUGUGCAAGCAGAAUGAAUGCCCCAUAUGCAGGGCAGACCUACCAAAGGUGAUUUUCACUAAGCAGAUUGAUCUGUUUGAGAACCUUCGCUCUAAAACUGAGAGGACUAACCUUCAAGAUGUCAAAUAUGGAAUGUACUUUUGUUCUCCAUCCAUUCAAACUGCCUACUAUCGUCUAUUAGAGUUUGCUUGCCACAUUUGUUUACCUCAUGAGAGGAAAUGGCCAUUCAAAACUUUUAAUCAACUAAAGGACCAUAUGCGCCGAGAACAUGAACUUUUCUACUGCGAUAUAUGUGUAGAUAACUUAAAGAUAUUCUCAUUUGAAAGGCGAACCUAUACAAGAAGUGAACUAGCACAGCACAGAAGGAAAGGAGACUCCGAUAAUAAAUCGCACAGAGGACAUCCGCUUUGUGAGUUUUGCGAUCAGCGUUAUUUGGAUGGGGAUGAACUGUUCCGACAUUUGCGCAGGGACCAUCUGUAUUGUCAUUUUUGUGAUGCCGAUGGCAAACACCAGUAUUAUCCUACAUACGAUGAUUUAAAGAAUCAUUUUCUGGAUGAACAUUAUUUAUGUGAGGAAGGUGAUUGCAAAAAUGAACAAUUCACGUCCGUUUUUCGCACAGACAUCGAUUAUAAAGCUCACGUUGCGUCCGCGCAUUCAAAGCAUUUGAGCCGCGCAGCCAAUAAGCAGGCAAGGACAUUGGAGGUUGAGUUCAAUUUUGGGCCUAGGCGUAACGAUCAGAAUGGCCCUCGUCAGAGUAACAACAAUCAUCACAGGCAUAUCGACAACAGUGAUGGUGCUGCGUCAUAUGAGAACUUCGGAACUGAACCUGGAGGGUCCAAUCAUCAAGUGUUUGUAAAUCCAUUGAGGGAUGCCAAUUUUCCCACUUUGGGUGGUACCGAAGGAUCCGCCUCUUCUGCUCGAGCGAACGUCAAAUUCUCAUCGAAAUUCUCAGGCAAUUUUUCGCGUGAUGAUUUUCCUACUUUAGGUGGUGGUCCACUUCCUCGUAAUCUAACGAUAUCCAAUCAAAAAAUGAAGAAAUCGGAAGAUUUUCCCACACUGGGAGGUGCUAAGAAUAAUAUCACAAUUACAAAAACUUCAACAGCUUCAAGUUCCUCGUCGAUGUCACUUAGAGGCGUAUCCUCUCCACAAAUCAAAAAGAACAAACAUAAUUUCCCUUCGCUUUGUGAGAGAGAAGGUCCUAGCAGUACUCUCAAAUUAACACUAAACCAACAGCAACCUCAAUCUGGUAGGUCCAAUCUGUCUAUACAUGUAAAUCACAAGUCUAACGGUGCUGUGACCACGAAGAUAUCGACGGUGCCAACUACUACAGUUCACGUUCGGCCGAAAUCUGUUGAAGACUUUCCUGCGCUAAGUCAAAAUUCGAGUUCAUCGUCAAGCAAUAGUUCCGUAAAGCAGUGGGUGCAGCCGAAACCCAAAAAGGAGCCCAAACCAAAGGCAGCUCCUGCUCCCGUUCUUCCGCCUAGCAGCUUAGCGGAAUUCCCCAGUCUCUCGAAGAAGAGCGAUACCAAAAAAACAUCUAGUGUUACGAUGCCUAUGAAGAAUUGGUCCGAAACAUCGAACGAUAAGCAAUCAAAAAAUUCGGAAAAUAAACAGAAAAGUGCGAAAGAUAACAAGGGAAAGAAAAAAGUUACGGAAACUGCCACCGCCACUCCACCUACUAAUAACAAUAUUGCUACGACCAGCGGCAAUAAGAGCAAAAAGAAGAAAGGAAAGAACGGCGAAAGUUCUGCCAACCAAAGUGCCUUGAAUUUAGAAAACGAAAUCAAACGAGUUGAGCCUAAGCAAACCAUCCCCAUCAACGAAGUAGUCAAGAAGACGUCAACUUUGAAAAUUGGUAAUCUGGUACAGAAACAGCAAGUGCCGCAGAACCAAGCUCCAAAAGCCGCUGAUUUCCCGGCUCUGGGUAAACCACCACCAGGUAUAAAUGUCAAACCACCACCUGGCUUCAAUAUCAAAUCGACCAACGACCUGACGUUCACAAAUAGCAGCGGUCAAUCCUACUCAAUUCUACCGGGCCAUUCGUACAGUCACCCACACAAUUUCAGCAGUAGAAAUUGUAAUCUGAUCCAGAAUUUCUUUACCAAUAAGGAUAUAAUGAUGGAGUUCAAGAAUUAUUCGUACAUGUUCCGCAACGGUAAUUACUCGGCGGAUAAAUAUUAUAAUCAUUGUAAGGAAGUGCUUGGCGAUGGUUUUUCCAAGGUAUUUCCUGAGAUGUUAGUUCUCUUACCGGACAUUGAGAAGCAACAGGAACUGUUCAAAGUUCAUAAGCGCAAUAGCAACGUUGACGAUCUAGAGGAGUGCGCGACCUGCAAACAAAUCAUCUUCCAUCAAGAGCUGAAGCAGCAUCUCAGCAAUCACUACAUGGAAUAUCACUAUCCCGUGCUGGGCCAGACGACCAACGAUACCGCGAAUGCAUGGAAGAAGUAACAAACAACAAUAACGAGACAUACAAUUUUAAAAUUAACUUUUAAAACAAACGAAAUAAAAAUGAUGUGGGAAAUGUGUGGCAUAUUUGCUAACGUAUUCUAUGAUAAAACAUAAA